AUGCCGUCCUCUAAGUAUGAUGGCACAUCAGAUCCCGACGAUCACGUCGCGGCUUACGAAGGACACAUGUUCCUCUACACUCAAGUCGAUGCCAUAUGGUGUAAAGUCUUUCCCUCAACCUUGACUGGGAUAGCUCAGACAUGGUUCAAAAGUCUCAAGCCAGGUAGCGUCUCUAGCUUCUCUUUGCUGUCAUCCAUGUUCAGUACCCACUUUGUAAGCAAUAGGCGUCGCGAACGCACCACUGGGGAAUUGCUGUCAGUGAAACAAGGAGAAAAUGAAAGUCUGAGAGACUACAUUGGCCGUUUUAACGUUGAGGCAGUUUCCAUACCUCGUCUGCAGCAAGACGUGGCCGUCUUGGCCUUAAUGACUGGGCUCAAGGAGGGAUCACCCUUCAGGAAUUAUCUGGGCCGGAAGUCGUACACAACCCUGGGUCCCGUCCUUGGCAAGGCCAAUGACUAUAUAAGAGGGGAGGAAUUUGAUAAAGCUGUAGGCAAGAAGGAUGAUAAGAAGAAGGAGAAGGCUCGCGAGGCAGACCGGGGCCGAGAGGAGAGAAAGCAGGAGUCAAAUAUGGUCAAAACGUGGCCGAAGGAGAGCCGUAAUGACCGAGACAGGGAGAGCGAAAGGUAUGACCGCGAUCGCAGGGAUCGUGAAAAGAAUGGCCGGGAAGGAGGUGAACGCAAGGAGAGGUUCGAUGCAUAUACCCAACUUACCACUUCUAGAAGCCAAAUUUUUCUGAUGAAUAAGGAUAGCGAUAAAUGGCAGCGUCCGAAACCGAUGUUCCAUAAGAAUCGUGAUAAAAGCAAAUGGUGUGAUUUCCAUGGGGAUCACGGCCACAUAACUGAGGAGUGCCGGCACUUAAAAGAUAACCUGGAGGAUUUGAUAAGAAGAGGUUAUUUCAGUCAGUACAAGGCCCAAACUGGAGAAGGGAUCUUGUGA